AUGGUUGUCGAUUGUAGCCAAACGAUCAACAGAUACACACUUCUAGAUGCCUAUCCCUCCACCAGAAUAGACGAAAUGGUUGAACGUAUUGCAAACUACGACACGUAUAGCACUCUCGAUCUCAAGAGCGCCUAUCACCAAAUACCCAUCCGAGUAGAGGAAAGACCGUACACUGCCUUUGAAGCUUGUGGACGUUUAUACCAUUUUUGUCAUAUCCCGUUUGGUGUGACCAACGGAGUUGCGUGCUUCCAGCGGACCAUCGACGACAUAAUUGCACGCGAACGCCUAAAGAAUAUUUUCGUCUACGUGGACAAUAUCACUAUUUUUGGGAACGGCCUCGCGGAGCGUGAUUCAACCCUUCAAAAAUUCCUUAGCGUGGCUGAAAAGUACGGACUAACAUUCAAUGAGGCCAAAAGUGUUAUCGCUACCAAAGAAAUUAAAAUUCUUGGUUACGAGGUGUCCAAGGGCAACAUUAGGCCUGACCCAGAUCGUCUAAGGCCUUUGCGUGAAAUGGCUCCUCCACAAGAUCUUAAGUCUCAACAACGAGCUGUGGGACUGUUCGCAUACUACUCGCAAUGGAUAUCUCACUUUUCGGAUAAAAUUCAUCUGCUCAUCCAUAACAGAACUUUCCCUUUACCAUUGAAGGUAAUAGAAGCGUUUGAUGCUCUUAAGGAGGAACUUGCGAAAGCCACAGUGGCCACCGUUCGGUACGAUACCCCAUUAAUUGUCGAGAUUGAUGCUUCAGACGUCACUAUCGCUGCCACACUGAAUCAGAAUGGCCGGCCAGUAGCGUUAUUUUCACGUAGUCUAUCUCCAAAUGAGCGACAUCAUUCAACUAUAGAGAAAAAAGCAUACGCUGUAGUGGAAUCCAUACGCAAAUGGAAGCACUUCCUCCUCUGUAAUCAUUUUAAACUCAUCACGGAUCAGCGUUCUGUUGCCUUCAUCUUCGGCAAUCAACGAAAAGGGAAGGUCAAGAAUGGUAAGAUCGAACGCUGA